CCCACGUCAUUCUUAGUGCUUGAAAAAUGGCGUCAAAUACUGAUAGGAAGCUUGGUCGUGGUAUGAGACUGUGGAUAAUAUUAAGCGCCUUCGUUGUGUUCUGGCCAAAUUACGUACGAUGCCAAUUCGAGGGGGAUGUACGCCUUGGCGAUGGCGCCCAGAAUGGGCGAGGGCGGGUCGAGAUAUACCACGAUAACCAGUGGGGUACUAUCUGUGAUGACACAUGGGACAUCUCCGAUGCACAAGUUGUCUGUCGACAGCUAGGUUUAGGAACCAUCAACGCUCGCGGGUAUACAGCUAUCAGUCCUGGGUCAGGUCCUAUCCAUCUUGACGGGACCUACUGCGUCGGGACCGAAUAUCGUCUUGAUUCUUGCUCUCAUGAAUGGGGACAAAAUAAUUGUGGUCACAGCGAAGAUGCGGCUGUAGAAUGUGACCCCGAUGAAGGGGAUGUCCGCCUUGUUGAUGGAUCUACUCCAAACCAAGGCCGGGUUGAGAUCUACCACAAUUACCAGUGGGGGACAGUCUGUGAUGACAGAUGGGGUGACUCUGAUGCAAGGGUAGUUUGUCGACAGCUUGGAUACUCAGGUGAUGUUGGUGAAGCCAGGAGUGGUGGUACAUACGGAAGAGGAUAUUACCCGACAUAUCUUGACGAGGUCGGCUGUUCGGGAUAUGAAAGUAGAUUGGAGUACUGUACUCACGACGGAUGGGGCAUUGAAGACUGUUCUCACAGCGAAGAUGCAGGAGUUUACUGCUAUGACAAUAAUGACCCCGAUGAAGGAAAUGUCCGACUUGCUGGUGGAUCCACUCCAAACCAAGGCCGGGUUGAGAUCUACCACAAUUCCCUGUGGGGGACAGUCUGUGAUGACAGAUGGGGUGACUCUGACGCGAGGGUAGUUUGUCGACAGCUUGGAUACUCAGGUGAUGUUGGUGAAGCCAGGACUGGUGGUACAUACGGACAAGGAUCUGAACCGACAUAUCUUGACGAGGUCGGCUGUUCGGGAUAUGAAAGUAGAUUGGAGUACUGUACUCACGACGGAUGGGGCAUUGAAGACUGUUCUCACAGCGAAGAUGCAGGAGUUUACUGCUAUGACAAUAAUGACAAUGAUUUGGAAGGAGACGUCCGCAUGGUUGAUGGGUUCAGUUCAGAUGAAGGCAGGGUUGAGAUCUUCCAUGAAGGUCAAUGGGGGACAGUAUGUCAUGACAGUUGGGAUGACUCUGACGCGAGGGUAGUUUGUCGACAGCUUGGAUACUCAGGUGAUGUUGGUAUAGCCACGAGUGGUAGUACAUACGGAGGAGGAUCUGACCCGAUAUUCCUUGAUGAUGUCACCUGUUCGGGAUAUGAAGCACGGUUGGAGUACUGUAGUCAUCAAGAAUGGGGCUCAAACUACUGUGGCCAUUCUGAAGAUGCCGGAGUGCAAUGUCGUUCACCCGCUACCUCUUCAGGUGUCGUGGGCAUCAUGUCUUUUGUUGGUGUGUCUUUGUCCUUGCUGACACUGUUUGCUCUCGUAGCUGUAUGUUACACCUGCAGCCAGCGUAAGCCGGCCGUCAUUCCUACGCAAUCGGAUCAGGUCCCUCUCAUCACCUCUGAGUUGAUAUCCUGCCGCUAAUAACACCUCUGCGGCUCCCACUUCAAAUGGCAUGAUAUCCGUGCCGACUUAGCCACCGAUGCCGCGACAACCACCGAAUCCCUAUCCUCCAGCAACUGAAACCGACUCCCUACCGCAACAACCACCGAAUCCCUAUCCUCCAGCAUCUCAAACCGACUCCCUACCAAGUCCUCCCUCAUAUUACGCCUUACAGGGUGGACAAUCCGAUCCUCUGCCACCACCGAAUUAACACAGCAUAAUUAUGUAAGACCUAAUAAAAGGAAUAAGAUGGAGCGUAUAGAAUCACCCCAGACGUGCGCCGCGAUAUGUUCGAGGAUUAUUCUUUUUCCCGCCGCGAGCUUUCAUGAAUCAUGGCGUAGAAUCUUAAGAGGCAAUCCAACCUUCGUAUUGACAUCUUUUGUAUACAAGCAGAAAAUAGGAUAAAGAAAUUGACAAACGUUUGCAAAAAAUGGGAACAAUGAUAAGAAAGUUCGGAGUUUUUUAAUAUGACAUCACUAAGUCUAUAUAAAUUUCAAAUUGGCAGUUUGGUCAGUGCACUGUGACGUCGUCGCGGAUAACUCUCUCGUUUGCCGCGUACAAAAAUAUCAUUAAUUUCAGUUUUUCUCCCAAGUGCCUUCUUACUUUGGGCACUACAGAAAAUAGUAUGAUAGAAUAUUAUUAUAAGUCCUCCAUAGAGAAAAAAAAACACACUUUUGAUUCAUGCAUUUUUGAAACAUUAAAAUUUUAAACACUGAUAUUUAUGUUGGAAUAGAUUGGAAAGUUGCCCGCGCCACUACGUCACAGAGAGCACCACAAUUAUCCGGCCUUUCUUAUGUUUAGGUAUCCCUCAAAGAGGUAUAAAAUGAGCAAUAACGCAGAUACUUGAAACGAUUCUUGUUAAUAAGCCUAAAGUCUAUUAGUUGAGUAAUUUUUCAAAGAGUGGCUUCAAUCUAUAUAUCUUUUGGAGGAACGGGGGGGGGGGGAUUAUCCACAAACAAUCUAUUCCUGGAGUAUCCCUACCGCACUGAUGCAAUUGAUCUGAGAAUGUUAUCAUAUAACGAAGUAUACAAUUCAAAUUAACUUUACAUUGGCAGUCAAAUGACGAGUCUGCGUUCGUCAUUUCCUUUGCCUUGGAACUAUUUUCAACUGCUAAAGCAUAAAAUGUCAUUCUUAAUCUGUAAAAAAAAAAAUAUUACUAACAAUCAAAGGAAAAAACAAAACGAAGCGAAAACAAAAAUGUUGAUACAUGGGCAACGAUAUAAAAUAACUGAAAUAUGAACUCUCUCUUUUUUUUAAUACACUUGCAACAAAAAGGGUUAGUUUCUUAGACGUUUUAAGCUACAAUAAGUGGAAUAAUGGGAAUUCAAAGAUGAAUCUUGAACAUAUUACUGUCGUAAUGAAGUAAUUUGUGUCAGCUCUUCAAUAUUGAAUAAUGUUAUUGGCUUGAAAUGCUACAUUAUCUCUUUUCAUAUGAACAUAAUUCGUAGGAUAUACUGCUGCUUUGGCUUGGUUCAUCAUGAUCAUGUUACUAUUAGAAUAGAUGGACAGACUCAUGUUUAAGUAUGAGAGGUGAUGGUAUACGUUACAUAAUGAGUUUAAUGUGUAAUUCAAUCAAGAAAUCGAUACUUUUAUUGUAUUCAGUGAUGUAUAAUAAGUCUAGAAAAUCUACAAUAUGACGUACGACGAUAGCGUGUGCGUGAUGUGUUUGAGUGUGUGUGUGUGUGUGUUACGAAUCUCACCGACCAUGAUUGUCUUAAGAUGUAUAUAACAAUAUGUGUGGUUCUAAUACAUGCCUCAUUUGAACAGAGUGAUUAAUAAAAAUAUAAAUUGUCAUCUUUUUUUUACUAUCAUAAGAAUUAUUAUACUAAUCAUAAUUUCAUAUAGCAGCUGAUGAUUCAUAACGUUAAAUUUACAUAAAGUUUCAUGAAGUUAUUUACUCAAAGAAUAAACCAUCUCAGUGUUCUAGUUUUGCUACCACUAAUUAAAAAUGCACCCCCCCCGCGCUUUAUUCAAUUAUUCUUAAUUAAAGAUGUAUUUAUAGAACACAAAGAUGUUUAAUGAACAUACAAACAAUAAAAAGUCGUAUGCUUAAUCCAACCAAUGGAUAAAUCAGGAAAACAAAUAUGUAUAUACUUUUCUUUUAUAUUUCGAAGGUGGAUUAUAAGUGGAAAAACAUUGGUUAUGAUACCUCGAUGAUUGAUUUUCUCAUAUGGAAAAAAAAGGUAUGGAGAGUAUUUGCGAUAUUCUGCAGAAUCUGCAUUUGAACCUAAAUAUGAAAUUGGAGACGGAGGUACAUAAUAAAUAACUGACACUGUUCAACAUUUGUAUCUUGUCUGCUACUAUCCACGCCACUCCAAAAUAAAUAUACCAUAUUAUCUGGCUAGAAGAAUUUGUACAAUUCAAUGGAACGAGGAAGUGAGAGAUGAAAGAAAAUCUAAAGAAUUGGAAUCCAUGCUUAUGCUUCGGAAAUAUCCGGAAAAUCGCAUUAAAGUAGAUAUACAAAAGAGGACGUAAAAUGGAGGACAAAAAUAAAGGCAAAACAAAAAAAGAAAAUUGAAAAGAAGAUAUGCUGUUUGUAAUUACUAUCUUCAUACGAUCCCAAUAAUGUAAAUAUUUCAAAUACUAUCGAUCAACAGUGUAAAAUCUUGUUUAACAGUAAUGAGAAGUAAGAACAAAAAAUUCGAAUGAUGCGAUUACUGUAUGCAUUUUUAACAAUAAGUUCGAAUUAAAAGAUAACUUUUUAUGCUCAUCCAGAAAUUAAAUUGUAAUAGUAGAAUCUAGAGUUUGAUGUGAUGCCUUUUUAUAAUGUGGGAAAAUAAAAUAAAACGAAACAUAAGAUAUA